GACUCCAACACAAAACUAUUAUAAACUGUGCCUAGGACACGUGAUGAUAUAUUUCUUGAGAGCUAUUUAUUCUGCUUGCAGCAGAGCAAAGUUUUCAGAACACCCGGCAUUUGGUGGAGAAAAGGUCUCUUGAGCUUUGUAAAGUGAACAACUAUUUGCGCUUAAAUUUUGGCAAAACAGCAUCAAUGCUGGAGAUGGAUCAUACAAACAUAACCCAAUCCAUGAUUCCUGUUGGAUCCCAGAGUCCGGAGAAGAACAGCAGUAAUGGCAAUGAGUACUUUUAUAUUCUGAUUGUCAUGUCUUUCUAUGGGAUCUUCUUAAUGGGAAUAAUGUUGGGCUACAUGAAAUCUAAGAGGAAAGAGAAGAAAUCCAAUCUGUUUCUGCUUUACAAAGAUGAGGAAAGGGAGUGGGGAGCAGCCAUGAAACCUCUGCCAACCAUAUCUGGACUGAGGUCUAUGCAGAUACCCACGAUGUUAAACAUGCUGCAGGAAAGUAUGGUACCAUCUCUGUCCUGUGCUAUCUGCUCACUGGAAGGCAGCAGUGUGAGUUCUGAGUCUUCCUCACCAGAUAUUCAUUUCACCAUUCAAGAGGAGGUGCCAGAUGCUGAACUAGGGGAAGUAUCAGAAUCCCUUCUGAAUGAGAGCAGCGAAGGGUCUUCAGAAAACAUCCAUAGGAAUUCCUAGCACCUGCAGAGCUUUGAGAGGCAGUUACACAAGCUAUCUUAGUAAUAACAUAGCAUUACUGAGUGGAAUUCAUGUUGAGAGCUUAAGGUUCUUCUUUCCUGUUCCAGUGCCACCUUGGAUGAACUCUUAGCAGACAUCAGUACUCCGGAGGCUGACACAUUCUUGAAAGUUGGGAAGAUGAGAACCCAGAGACACACAAGUCAAAAUGGAACCAACAAAAUACAAGCGACUCUAAUGCUUAAUUUUAAUGCCUCAGAUUUUUACUGUAAGAGCUAAUAUAUGGAGAAUAACUUUUUUCUUACCAGGUAACUAUCACACCCUAUCUGCUGCCUAUUUCAAAAUUCUGCAAAUGUCUGGGAAAAAUUGAGAGAAGGUGCCCACAUGUUGUGAAUCAGCAAGGUUAAUGUCCACUCUCAUAGAUCUGGGAUUCUACUUUUGCUGAGUGUGUUUUGUAGCACCACAGACAACUGCAA